AAAAUUAAUAAUUUUUAUUAUAUUGCUUUGGAUCCAUCUCCAUGUCAAGCCAAAGAGUGAAAUUGCAUAUUCAAGAACGCCAUGUGGUGAUGGAGAAUGGCAUACUACAGGUUACAAUAUCAAAACCAGAAGGAAUUGUGACUGGAAUUAGAUAUAAUGGCAUCAGUAAUUUGCUUGAAUUAAAAAAUGAUGAAUCUAAUAGAGGGUAUUGGGAUCUUGUCUGGAGCAAGGAAGGAAGUACAGGAACAACUGGAAUUUCCUAUGUGAUCAAAGGAACAAAUUUUAGAGUCAUAGUGGAAAAUGAGGAACAAGUGGAACUCUCCUUCACAAGAAUGUGGGAUCCUUCUGUUGAUGAGGGCAACCUUGCUCCUUUGAACCUAGACAAGAGAUUUAUUAUGCUGCGCAACUCCUCAGGGUUUUACUCCUAUGCUAUCUUUGAGCACCUGAAGGAAUGGCCAGCUUUUAACCUCCCUCAAACCAGAAUUGUAUUCAAGCUCAGGAAAGACAAGUUUCACUACAUGGUAGUAGCAGAUAAUAGGCAAAGAUAUAUGCCACUGCCUGAUGACCGGUCACCUCCUAGAGGCGAGCCACUGGAUUUUCCAGAAGCUGUACUGCUUGUAAAUCCUGUAGAGCCAGAAUUCAAAGGAGAGGUGGAUGACAAGUAUCAAUACUCAUGCGACAACAGAAACCUUAACGUCCAUGGAUGGAUAUGCUUUGAACCACCUGUAGGGUUUUGGCAAAUCACACCCAGCAAUGAAUUCCGAUCAGGUGGACCUCUCAAACAAAACCUUACAUCUCAUGUCGGUCCGGUUAAUCUUGCUAUGUUUCUUAGUGCUCAUUAUGCAGGAGAAGACAUGGUGUUGAAACUCAAACCAGACGAGCCAUGGAAGAAAGUUUUUGGCCCUGUUUUUAUUUAUUUGAAUUCUUUGUUGGAUGAAAGCGACCCACGUUUGCUAUGGGAAGAUGCUAAAGAACAGAUGCUAAUUGAAGUUCAGAGCUGGCCUUACAGUUUUCCAACUUCAGAGGAUUUUCCAUCAUCCGAUCAACGCGGUAGUCUCAGUGGAAGAUUGUUAGUUCGAGACAGGUAUGCUAGUGAUUAUGACAUGCCAGCAAAUGGUGCUUAUGUGGGAUUGGCACCACCAGGAGAUGUUGGAUCAUGGCAAACAGAAAACAAGGGUUAUCAAUUCUGGACACAAGCAGAUGCUGAUGGUUAUUUUUCCAUUAACGACAUUCGCACUGGCGACUAUAAUCUUUACUCUUGGGUUACUGGUUUUAUUGGAGAUUACCGUUAUGAUUCUGUUAUUACUAUCACUGAAGGUUGUGAUAUUGACUUGGGAAAUAUUGUCUAUGAACCUCCAAGAGAUGGGCCAACAUUGUGGGAAAUAGGCAUUCCUGAUCGCUCUGCUGCUGAAUUCUAUAUUCCAGAUCCUAAUCCUAAUUUUAUUAACAGCCUUUACGUCAAUCAUCCGGAUAGGUUCAGGCAAUAUGGGUUAUGGGAAAGAUACACAGAUCUAUACCCUGAUGAAGAUUUGAUUUAUACUGUAGGAACAAGUGACUUUAGCAAAGAUUGGUUCUUUGCUCAUGUUACCAGGAAGAUUGAUGAUAAUAAGUAUCAAGCAACUACAUGGCAAAUUAAGUUCAAACUUGAUAAUACAAAUGAGAAUGGAAUAUACAAACUACGAUUGGCACUUGCAACUGCUAAUGUUGCUGAAUUACAGGUUCGGAUUAACGAUCCAGGAACAAAUCCUCCUUUAUUUACAACUGGAGAAAUUGGACAUGACAACACAAUAGCAAGACAUGGAAUUCAUGGACUCUACAGGCUUUAUAGCAUAGAAGUACCAGGUGCUCUGCUCGUUGAAGGAGAUAAUACCAUUUUUUUGACUCAAGCAUUGGCCACAGGCCCUUUACAGGGAAUAAUGUAUGACUAUAUUCGUCUGGAAGGCCCUACUAUUUCUGAUUCUUAAAAUUAUUAAUCAACCUUUGACUCGUUUACAUUGAAUAUGUAAAAAUCCUAUUCUGAUUGCAAUAAUUACUUGAUUUAUAUUUUUGUUUA